AGGACGCCGCCAGCCUUGGCCUGUCUCGCCCGCCCCGAUGCGCCCCGCGCUGCCGCCGCCGCUCCUGCGCCUUCUCCUCCUGUUGCUGCUGCUGUGCGCGCUGGCCGGGCGCUCAGCGUGCCAGCAUGUCGCCAGCUCGGGACCCGGUGUGACGAGUGCCCCGCUAGCAGGGAGCCGCAGCAGCCCUGGGCAUGAGAUGUCUCUGGGAGUGGAGUAUGAGGAUGAGGACUAUGAGGAAGAAGAUGAUGAACCCCUGCCCUUGUACAUGGUAGAUGAGUCUAUCAGAGUUGAACCUGUGGUUAAACCUAAGCAAACAAAGGAGAGUGAAAAGAAGGUUUCUGGUAAGCCAAAAAGGAGAAGAAAUAAAAAGAAAAAGAACAAAAAGAAGAAAGGGACUCCAUGUGAAAUGGAAUACAAAAACUUUUGCAUCCAUGGUGAAUGCAUAUACCUAGAGGACCUUCAAACUGUAACAUGCAAGUGUAAUCAAGAUUACUUUGGUGAACGCUGUGGGGAGCAGUCAAUGAAGAGUCAGACAAGAAAGAACACCAGCGACUACUCAAAAACUAUAUUGGUGGUGGUAGCUGUUGUACUUUCAAGCAUCAGCUUCAUUGCUGUUGUCAUAUAUCUAAUAACGCAGGUCAAGAAGAAGUGUCCUCAAUAUGAAGAAAAGGAGGAAAGGAAAAAGCUUAGAAAAGAGAACAGAAAUGGCCAUGUUGGUGUAUAAAGGAAAAAGCUGGUACGGAACAUUCAUUGUAGGCAUUGGUUCAGUGAGAGAAGCUGGCACCCUUCACAAAACACUUACAUGCUGACUUGUGUAAAACAGAAACUUACAGUGAGCAAGAAAGUGAAUCAGUCUAGAACAGCCUAUAGAGGUCGUUGUGGAUAACUGUAUAACUUUCCCUGCCUCUCGCAUCCCUUGCAGAGAUGGAAAGACUUUGAAAGACUGUCCACAAGUGAAUGACCUUGUAGCAUGCUGAUCCCUCUAGAUUCUUUUAAGUACAGAAAUUCCUGCUGCUCUGAAGCCAAAAACUAGCACUGAAUUGCAAGAGAAGAAGCAGUAUGUUUGGAAGGAAUCAGAGGCUAUGAAGAACUCUUCUGUUGUUCACUUUUCUACUAAGCCUUUGAUUUUUAGGGAGAUUAAGUAGCAUCUAACUAGUUGAAGAAAGCACUUCCUGUGGAAGCGUGUUUAGCUGUACUGAACAGUGGUGCCAACUCUGUCACCUGUUAGAGGGCUGACCUCCCAGCAUGUAUUCACUAGGUGCCAGACAUUCUCAUAAAAAUGAGUUUUAUAAAACUUCCUUGCAUGUUGUAGUAUGGCAAAACCUUGUCAAGCCCAUCUUGCUGUUACCUAGUGACUUGAUUUCUCAAUUUUGAACCAUCCAGUUUUAUGGGGCCACCUAAAUGUCUUUUAAAAAUGAAUUUCCUUCUAAUGUAGUAAGCCAUCUGUCUUAAGAUCCAGAGCCUGCUCUCCUUCACUAAUAUAUGAUACCUAGCUACUGAGCCAGUGAUUCCUGGCAUAUGUAGCUCACUCCUAACUAGUAUUGAUACAAUGGUGACAUUGAAAAGACUGAUUCCAAGCCCAAAUGCAUAGGGGAUCAGUCCUUCUAGCUUUUAUGAAUUCUGUUAAGUCUAGUUUGACUCUGACUACCAACUGGGAGCUUCUACUUUGGACCUGUUAAAUGCUGACUUCAGUUGGGAGUGAAGGGGGCAGAAGUCAAUGUUCCUCAAAGUUUCUUGGACAGUUACUUUAUAUGCAAACUUAUAAAAGGUCCCCAAAUGCUUGGAAAGCAAUAAGAGCACUGUUAUAUAACUAUAAUGCAGUUGGCUGUAAUCAUAACUCUAAUGCCUUUUUAAAAUGUGGUUCCUGUCCUUUUACAGAACAUGAAUCUGAAGUGGCUGUUGGCAUGGCUGCGAAGUGCCACCUUCCUGCAGGUGUACAUCAGAUGGCCAGUAUUCAAGCCUGCUUGAGCCACUACCAUCAGGCCCCUCUUGAUCAACAUGAAGGAUGCUGUAGGGGGGCAUUGAAAAGCUAUUUGCUGCUGAGAGGCUAGCUGGGGUGGGUUAUUGCCAUUCUACCCUGGCCACCCAAUACGGAGGAUGCUGCACUUAGAAAGUUAAAUGCUCCACUGUCAAAAGUGCCUGGGAGCUGCUGUCACUAGGUUGUAUCCAGUCAGUGAUACAAGACUAAUAUCUUUUUGCUGUUACCCAGACUACUCUCCUUUUCUCCUGCUAUUUAUUGCUGAAAAUCUCUUCAGUAAGUCCUGCUGUGGAAAAGUGCUCUAAAGAAGAUCACAACUUCUAUGAGUCUAAGGCGAGAAGGCUUCCUUUCCCUUGCAUUCCCCCUUACCCCACAGUUAUACAAAAGAGAAGGCAAGUCGAGCUUCAGUUAAAUUUUUUUUUUUUUGCCACAGACCACUGACUAUAACAAUGUGGUCCCUUUCACCCAUGACAUGUCUGUUGGAAUCUGAUUUCUGUUUCUUUGCUCGUCUAUUCCAAAUGUUUUGCUGAAUAUUUUCUCAAUAAGAGCACUUGGGUCCAAAUCCUUUAAGCACUUUAAAAGCAACUAAGCUCCACUGUGGGGAAAUAAAUAGUGUUGUGCCUAUCUGUUUGCAGGGCUGAGUCUGAACUAGAUCAUCUCAAUCUAAAACUAAAGCAGUCCUGAAAAGAGAAAUCCAAGGUUUAUCAGCUUCAUGACUAAGUCAAGGAGAGCAAAUCGGUCUCUGUCUUUGGGAUAAUCAAUUUAAAGAACUGUGGUUAGCCGUGUUAGUCUGAAUGAGUUCAUCUUUAAGAUACUACCCUGCCCUGCUUUCAGCUUUAAGGAAAGUGCUGGUACUCUAGAAGUAGAAAAAAUACUAAACUUUUGGGUGUUCUUUAGUUCUUGUUGGAGAACAUCCACUUUCUUCCUAGAGCUAUAGAAAACCUCUCAUCUCUUUGCCAAGGAGGAAAGUCUGGACUUUCUAGAUGCUAGUACUUUCAGCUAAACCUUUAAACAAAAAAGAUUUACCUUCAAGUUUUAAAGAUGAGGGUUUUUUCUCUUAUUUCUGUAACAGAUCCCACUUUCUGUAGGAGGAGAACUUGAUUCAUAUACUCACGUUCAGUCAGCAAUGGCAUCUGACAUAAAGGUGCAUACUGUGCUUUUCCUUUUAUGUGCAAAAUCUCUAAUUUUUGUUUUCUAAACCUGCCCUUUUUAAAAUUCUUUGACCUUUAGUAUCUUUAUGGCUCUGAGAAAUUUCCAUGCAGAAGCAUUACUUGACUUUGACAGGUUCUCUUGAAACUAUGCAUGCCUCUAACUUAUUUUAAAUGUUUAAUAGGAAAUGCUGAGCAAAUAUGUAAAAUGCAAAUUUAAUUAUGUACAAUUGUACAGACAUUUUUGCACUG